AUGAUGUACGCAGACAGAUUCCAAGGGGGCUCCAUUUGGACUUGGGGAACUAUUUCAGUUGGUCAUCAAAGGAAAGAGGAAAGAGAGCUAUGCAAUUUCUUCUACAACAUCGCUUUGAUCCAUGAACAGCUUGAUUCAGCUCGUCGGAAAAUAUUUGCACAAGAAGAGGAUAAUGCUCGACGUGAUGAGGAGCACCGGCGAGCUCAAGCUAAGAUCUCUUAG